CAAACCCGAGGUUACCGUUCCGAUCAUUCGCGAUAGUCGUUCUUCUCUUCACAAAGUGGAAGAACAUCGCCAACAGACAGCAAUAUGUUCUCUCAGAAGGUUGCCCAGCAGUCGCUGCGACGGCUUGCCGUCCAACAGCCGAACCUCAUGCAGUCAAUGGUGAUGCGCGCUUCUCCCGCCGCCAUUGCGCUCGGCAACGUCCAGAAGAGAUCCAUCACUUCUACCUCCAACACUGAGGACCCUACCCAGAUCCUGGCUAAGCAGCGCCUGAACCGCCCUGUCGCCCCUCACCUGAGCAUCUACAAGCCCCAGAUCGGCUGGAUCGGUUCCUCCCUGCACCGUAUCUCCGGUGUUGCCCUCUCCGGUACUCUCUACCUGUGGGCCACUGCCUACCUCGCCUCACCCACCCUCGGCUUGCACCUGGAGUCUGCUUCCAUGGUUGCUGCCAUGGGUGCUCUUCCCGUCGCUGCCAAGAUUCUGCUCAAGACCACCUUGGCCCUCCCCUUCACCUACCACUGCAUGAACGGUCUCCGCCACCUGACUUGGGAUCUGGGUCGUGCCCUGAGCAACCCUGCCAUCAUCCGCUCUGGCUGGGCCGUCGUCGGUCUGAGCGUUGCCAGUGCGGUUGGUCUUGCUUUCAUCUGAUUUCAUUCCUCAUACCUCUGAGUUUCCUUGUGUUAUUAAAAUGAUUUUGUCGAAUUAUUAUACAUGAAAUCUGGUCUAGUGGCGCGGCUUUCAGAAGGCGCUAUUUCUUUUAUUUAACUAUUUGAUUUCAUUGAUUUAAUCCCCCCACUGAAGUCUCGGGUCUAUUCCUGGUAGAGUUUGAGUACUUUGGCGCCAAUUCUCGCACGAAUUAUCUUCUUUGUUUCUAUCGAAAAGGC